UGCGCAUGACAGAAACGCUAUUUGCAGAAAAGAACAUCGUCUGCUGGGGAACGUAAACAAAGGCAUGGGUUUGAAUUUUGCUGUUUCCCUUACGAAUACGCUUCGUAAUUGACAUUGACAUCGAUAUAGUGACAAUUGAUAUCUUAUCAUGUUCAAAUUCUCUUUUCCCAAACCUGAUGGUGAUGAUCAGGAGAGCAAUGCGGGAGAAUCUGUGUCAUCCAAUACCAACAACCUACACUGGUUGUCAUGUGAAAAAGUUACUGUGUCGCCUUCACAUCUGAAGCACAUGCUUACACGGCAGAGUUCGGCAAGUCAGUUAAAACUCCAGGGUGUUUUUUUGGCACAUUUAUCUACAAAGUCAGCCGUUCAAUCUGCCUUUGAGACAUCUGAUGGAGACAGCAGCAUAAAAUUGGCUGAGCAACUUCACUCAGAUUUGAUACCUGCAAAAUAUGAAGGAGGAUUAAAAAUUUGGGAAUGCACUGAUGACUUGUUAGGAUGGCUCAUCGCUGCAGGUCCCAACGUCUGUCUGAGCAACAAAAAUGUUCUAGACUUGGGAUGUGGAACAGGUCUACUCGGCAUCGCUGCAUUGAAAGCUGGAGCAAGUGUUGUUUUUCAAGAUUAUAACAAGGAAGUUUUAGAUGCUUGUACCAUUCCAAAUGUACUAUUGAACCUAACAGAUGAAGAAUCACAAAGUUUAAUUGACAGCCAGGGCAAAUCAAGUUGUGAAUUUUACAGUGGUGAUUGGUCUUCAUUUGUUGACAAACUUCAAGAGGGACGAACAGAGAUGUUGAAGUUUGACUACAUACUGACCUCUGAGACCAUAUACAAUUCAGAAAAUUAUUCCAAGCUCAUCAAUGUUUUCAAGAAGUGCCUAAAAAAUUCAGGCACUGUAUAUUUAGCUGCAAAAACCUAUUAUUUUGGAGUUGGAGGAGGUACAAGACAAUUUGAAACUGCUUUGCAGCAUGAUAGUUCCUUUAAAAGUGAAGUUUGCUGGAAAUGUUCCUCAGGUGUUUCACGGGAGAUUCUGAAAAUCUCAUUGACCUCAUGACUGAUUUUGUUUAAGCAUGACAUGCCUUCUGUGUACAUGGUUUGAAACAGUGGAGUAUAAACAAAAUAAAUUGUUGCUGUAUUUUUUAUA